AUGUUGAGUGUGAUCUUUAAUUCAGAGGAGGGAGACCGAGCAGAAAUUCUGUUGGCAUUUUAUGAUUUUGAUUAGGAUGGUAAAUUGAGUAAAUCCGAGAUGGAGUUUUUUAUACACGAAAAUAGACAAUAUCUAUAGAAGACUGAUUUUGAGGUUUCAGAAAUGCAGAAGGGCAUGUUUAAAAUUUGGAUCGACACAAAUUUCAACCUAACAAGGUAUUUCGAGAUAUUUGAACUAUUGCCUGGACCGCUUAAGGAGAGAGAAAGAAUCAAGGAGAUGCUCCAAUCGACGUCAGCCUCAUCCUAGAAAUACUAUGUGAUAAGUUACAAAUGGUGGGAACUGUGGAGAUUCUAUGUAAACUAUAACUUUGUCAAUAACCCAAUCCGAAAGAUCGCCCAUAUUUCCAUUGUGGAUAUAGAGGAAAUGGAAGAAUAGAAGAUAAUAGCACCUCAAUAAGAUGAUCAAGGAGUGUAGGGAUCUCAAUUUGAAGAGAAAAACGAGGAUCUUUACCAUCCAGGAUUGACUUUCAAUCAUGGAUUGCAUGAAUCCCUUCAUGGCUCUUAGUUUUAUAUAAUAGAGAACCAGACUUCGAUUAGACCAGGUUCAAUUGAUAAUUCAGACAUCCAAGGAGAAUAUGAAGGGGAAUUGAAAACCAACAUUCUAAAUAACCAUGAUUAUUUGAUCUUGCCUGAGGCUGCUUGGAUUUCUCUAGUGUAAUGGUACGGAUGCUACAAUAAUCUGGCUUAUAAGAGACGGUCUUUUCAUGAUGAACGUACUAAAACUUAGAUUGUUGAUCUCUACCCUCCAGUUUUGUAAGGAUACAUCACCACAAAUAAGGGAGAGUUAUCGUUUAGGCGUUCAUACAAAUUUAUGGUCAAUUUACGAAAAUCUAUGCGUCAAGUUAUGAACAAAUUGGUUAAAAAGUUUAAGAUCAAAAAUUAAUAUGAUUAUCAGUUGUAUUACAUGAAGGUGAACGAAUCAUGGACUCUUGUAGAAGACAUGGAAUUGAAAUUACUGGAUUUAUAAAUUGUAUCUGGCACCUUUGUUACUUUGGUAUUGAAAGGCAAGACUCCAAAAUCUGUAUUUCAAUAGGUUGGAUGUGGAUUGGGACAAUUGUACGAUGUUCAGCAUCCUACUUCAAAUGAAUGGUUGUUGUGUAUAGUAAAUGGAUUCUCAGAAGAUCUAAGUGUCAUUAGAUUUCACAUCCAAAAGGAAAGUUAUCAAAGAGACUUUUCUAUACCAGCUACUGAACGAUCUAUAAGAAUAUAUCCUCCGAAUUCGAAAUAAAAGUAGGAACCAAACUAUUUUCUGAUUCCUCAUCAUAUUGGAUUGUUGAAUUUGGGAAACACCUGUUUCAUUAACACAGUGCUGUAGUGUCUAAUAAAUACACCAGUGUUCGAUGAUUACUUGUAUAAGUAGGCAUUCAAGUCUGAAAUUUAAAAGAACUCUAAAUUCACUUAUUUGAUUGAGGAAUUGUCUAAAGUAGCCAUUAGGUUGAAGGAUUAAAAAGACAAAGCAUUUGCACCUGAAUAAUUCAAAAAAGCUAUUGAUCACAAUCUGCCUUCAUUUUCAGGCUUUGAACAACACGAUGCACAAGAAUUUCUUAAUAUGCUUUUAGACACCAUGUCAGAUGAACUGAAGAAGAACCUAUAGAAGAAAUCUAUCGUUUAAUCCAAUAUCAAUAACUCCUUCGAGUAGUUCGAAACGGUAGUAAAAGAACUAUUUACUGGUAAGACAGUCAAUACGUUGAUUUGUUAAAAUUGCUAAUACAAGAGUUAGAAGUUUGAGGAGUACUAUACUUUGAGUUUACCAAUCCCAAUAAAUGAUGAAAUUCCCAUCUUCAUUAUAUUGUUUAAGAAGUGUCAAUCAUUGUAGAGUGAGAUUCCACCCUUGGAUAAGUACGGGAUCAAAGUCUCUAAAUAUGCCUUGCUGAAGGAUUUGUUUAUUGCAAUUGAGAAGGUUACUGGGAUAUCUCAAUAGAGAUUUGAAUUGACUGAAAUCUAUAGAAAUUAAAUACAUCGACAAUUUGGAAAUCUGAAUCCCUCAAUCCCUAUUAGAUAGAUCGGUUUAAAGGCUAAUCAAUUACUACAUGUAUUUGAGAUAGCCAAGGUUGUCAAGGAUGCAGAGGAUGAAUUUUAGGAGUUGAUGUCCAUGUUCACUUAUAGAAAAGAGAACUUCCAAACCUCAGAUUAUGUCGAUAUUGAAGAUAGGUUGGGAGAUUGGAGACAUGGCUAAAUCACUUAAAUAAUUGAUAAGAAUCACGAAAAGAAUUAUAAAGUUUAAAUAAAAAAACAAAAUUAAUAUCCAAAUGUGUAAACAUUUCACUAAUAUCAAUUGUAACCUUUUAGAAGCAAAGUAUAGACUUAAAAAAAGUUUAAUCUAGUUACUGUGACAAAUCGAUAUUUCAACAAAGCAACUGAACAAUAUGAGAAAUUCUGUUUUCCCUUUUUAAUAUUGGUUCCAUCCUCUCAUCUCACCUUAAACGAGUUUUAGGCAUUAAUCUAUAUACAGGCCAAACGAUUCAUAGAUUUUGGCUAUUUGAAGAAGAAGAGUUGCAUAUAGAAGAUGCAAAAAGAGAAAGUGCAAUACUACAAUGGAGCCCAGGAUAUAUCAAAUGAUUUACAUCAUUCCAAAAAAUACAAUGCAUAAAGUGUGUAUCUAGGUUAGGCUGAAAUGAGGAAGAGUAGUUAUAGAAGAACAGAAUAGGACUUGGAACCGAAUCAAAAGAAAAUUAAUAGACCAAACUAUGAAUCAAUUUAGGAAGAGCUCAAUUUCAUUAAAUCUAAUGAUUUCCCUUAUAAAAUUAAAAUUUUAGACUAAAAUAUGAAUUGCAUAGCAUGCGAAAAAAGUACAGCCAAUUCGAGUAAUAGAUACAAUGUUUGCACUGGCUAUUCUUGUGAAAUUGAUCCUAUGUUUUUACAAUUACCUUAGAAUUACUGCAUAGUAUUGGAUUGGAUAGAUUCAUUGUCAUUUAAUUUUUUUUCAACAGUUGUUUCACAUCAUGAAACUUAUUAAUAGUUGAUUGAGAACAAAAAUAACAGGAAAGAUAGAGUGACACCAGAUCAAUGUUUUUCAAUCUUGACACAGGAAGAGAAAGUAGAGAUAAAUUGCGAUAAAUGUCAAUCCAAGUAGUAAGCAAUUGUAAAGUUAUCAUUGGGACACACUCCUAAUAUUUUGAUAUUGCAUCUGAAGAGAUUCUAAUACAGGGAUGGUUAUUUGGAGAAGAUAGAAUCAGAUAUAGAUUUCCCCUUGAGGUCUUUGAAUUUGAAGUAAUGGCAGAUUGGACAAAAUAGUAACAAGAUUUAUGAUCUAUAUGCAGUUGCUAAUCAUUUUGGUAAUGGUUAAUACGUAGGCCAUUAUACUUCUUAUGUGUUGAAGAAUAUUGAUUAAAAAGAUGUUUGGGUGCAUUGUGAUGACGAUCAAAUAAAACCAUAAUCAGCAGAGAAAGUAGUGUCCCAAUAUACUUAUUUAUUGUUUUAUAGAAUAAGAGAAAUCCCAACUAGUUCCUUAUUAAAUUUAACUUAUAAUCAUUGA